AUGAAGUGCGUUGAAGGGGACUAUGUCUACGUUGAACCAGCCCCGCCUAACUUUGUCAAUUCAAUGAGAAUAAGAUCAGCUAGAAGUUGCUCAAACAAGUUCAGCAUUGGCAUUUGCAAGUCUGCCAAGAAGCGUGCGCGGCAUGUCUGCCACAUGAUGAGGCAAACGGAAACCCAGAAGGUCAAAAGAGAGUUAAAAGUGUUGAGCCCUUUAUCAAUCUGGUUUCUGACCUUGUCAUUGCUUUCUGGCUUGAAAGACGUAGAGACAAGAGUUCUGGCGAUGAGACUUUGUCACUUUUCCUUUGAAUGGCUGCUUACCCUGCCACAGAUUUAUUCUUAG